AACCAAAUUGUAGAAAGAGAUUCUAAAGGAAAGGGAAAAAAAAAAAACGAGUGAUAGUUUGCUCUGUGAUUUCUUCAAAGGCUCACUGGUUGAUCUUCUCUUCUUCUUGAUACCCCCCCUCUCUGAUUCCCGCUUCUCUGUAUCCCUUUCUGUCAUCAUCUCUGUCUUUCAAAGAUUUGGUUUUUUGGGUUUGUUUUUCUUGGAUUUUGAAAGAGAAAGAAAAAGCAAACUUGGAAGAGUUUUUUUUUUGGAAGCUGGGUGGUUCAGAAUAGAGAUUCAGUUUUCUUUCAUUUGUUUUUUGAAUUUUUUUUGCAAAGCUUUUGUUAGGUUUUUCAUCUUUUAAUUUUCUGUUAAAUUUGCUCAACUGGAAGGGUUGUUUUUCUGUCCCUCAGGUUGAUGAUUCUAGGUCUAGAUAAUCACUUGUAGAAAAGAAAUUUCUUCUGUUUUUUGUUUGAAAUUUCGGUUUCUCCUGUUCUUUGGUUUUGGUAAGAAACAGGUGGGUUUUUGUUUUUACAGCUUCUGCGGUUUCUGUUUUUUUGAGUAACAGUUUCUUUUUCUUGUUGCUUCAUUCAGAAGUCAUGGCAGCAGCUAUUGAUGUAUACAGUAAUAGUUCUGUAUUAACAGAUCCUUUUAGAGAGGAGCUCAUGAAAGCAUUGGAACCUUAUAUCAAAAGUGAUUCAUCAACCUCCUCUGUAACCCCUUCUACCUCUUCAACAACUACACCAUCUCCUUCUUCACCAUCAUCUUCUUCUUCUUAUUACCCCUGCUCCUCUUUCUCUUCUCAACCCCAGCUUUUCCCUGAUUGUUGCUCGACAUCGACGACCCAAAUAUUUUCUCCAGGGUUCUCGAUCCAAGGCCAAUUUGGUCUCGAGCAGUCAGUUUCUUCAAUAGGACUUAAUCACCUCAACCCUACGCAGGGUCAGCUGAUUCAAGCCCAGAUCCAGUUCCAACAGCAACAGCAACAGCAACACAUGGCUGCCAUGGCAGCAGCUUCCAUCCAUAACCAGAAGCUCAAACAAUGGCAGCAGCAGCAACAUACCCUGAGUUUCCUCAGUCCGAAAGCAAUCCCGAUGAAGCAAGUGGGUUCACCACCAAAACCCACGAAGCUUUACAGAGGGGUGAGACAACGGCAUUGGGGGAAAUGGGUUGCAGAGAUCCGACUACCGAAGAACCGUACUCGGCUUUGGCUCGGCACUUUCGACACCGCUGAGGAGGCGGCUUUGGCCUACGAUAAGGCCGCUUACAAGCUCAGAGGAGAGUUUGCGAGGCUGAACUUUCCCAAUCUUCGACAUCAAAUUAACGUCGGAGGAGAGUUCGGUGAUUAUGAUCCCUUGCAUUCCGCAGUGGAUGCGAAGCUUCAGGCGAUUUGUCAAAGCCUAGCUACUUCGCAGAAACAGGGGAAAGUAGGGAAGCCUGCGUUUUCUUCCGAUAAGAAGGCGAACGGUGGUCAAUCGCAUUCGCAAGCGAGUUCGACGGUGACAACUGAACCUCAGCUGAUGACGGGUAUGGAUAAUUCAUCAGAAGGCAAUGUGGAUUUUCUGGGAACGAAGGAUUGUAAGGUGGAGAGCGCACCGUCGCCAUCAUUGACAGAGAGCGAUGAGUCUGCAGGGUCUUCGCCUGAAUCUGAUAUCAAGUUCCCUGAUUUCAACGAGCCUCCAUGGGAUGAGUCAGAGAAGUUCAUAUUGCAGAAGUACCCAUCAUGGGAGAUCGAUUGGGAAGCUAUCCUGUCUUGAAUUUUAUUGUAUUUGCAUCGAGUCCCUCUUUUUUAUUUGGGAUCUUGUUACUUAGCUCAGUUAGGUUGGGUUUAAAGUUUAGAAAUUUGUAAUUCCGGUAGCUACUGCAAUGAGUUUUUGACAUUUGCAGAGUUAGCUUGGGGAGUCUGGUAAGGUUAGAGUCAGUUAAGUAUAGGGUCUUAAUGAGGUCAUGUUAAUAUGUCUCAGCUCCAUCUGAUCUGCUGGUUUUUUCUUGCUUGAUCAGGUUGAAGUCACUAUUAUGUAAUUGUCCAAUCUUU